AAGGAAUAGUUUGAGAAUAUAUUUUGGAGGCGGUGGUAUUUUGAAAAACAAAUUUAAGAAAAAUUUACCCCAACCUUCUGCCUCCAGACCCCAGACUGUUUGAAACCCUAAUUUCCCCGUUUUAUUCGACUUGGACCUUCGCUCUCCCAUGGACUCUCUGCUCGCAAACUAUGCCUCUUCAGACGAAGAAGCACCAGGACCAGGCCACCUCCGAUCGCAAAAUCCGGAUCAUCCCUCUGAAUCCGCCGGAAGAAGGUCACCGCCUUCCUCGAAAAUCUUCUCCUCUCUCUUCUCUUCGCUUCCACCUCCAAAAUCCCACCUCCCGAUCCCAACCGAUCUCUCAUCUACAAAGCCCACCACCAAUCAAGAAGAAGAGGAGGAGGAGGAGGAGGAGGAGGAACCGCAAUCAGGACAGCUUGAACCCGAAUCUUAUCCUGUUUUCUCGUCGCUUCCUCAACCCAAGUUCCGCGAUGCCCUCCUCAAUCCGCCGGUUUCUUCUCCAAAUCCCGAGAAGAAAAUUGUUGUGCAGUUGAAGCUUCCGAUAAACCCUCUCAUCAUCAAGUCUGGCGCUGGCAAUGUCGACGACGAUGAGGAUGAUGGCGGUAGAGAAGUUAAAAAACGUGAGAAAUCUAUUACGCAACCGUCAUCGGUUAAAUCGUUCCUAUCGAGUAUUCCUGCGCCCAAGAACUCCUCUUCGGCAUUGGGCGCGGCGCCCACUGCUUCAGGUUCAGGAAGGAGAUCGAUUCUCGAAGCGAAUUUGCCUGCAUCGACUUCAAAGGCUUUUGGCACCGAAAGCACCAAAACGGGUGCUAAUCCAGACGUUUGGAGCUAUGAUGGGCAAUGGCCCUCUGCUUCAUCAGGUGAUUUGGGGAAUUCUUGUUCUGAAUAUGCAGUUGCCAAUAGUGACGCAUCUGGCUGGGCUACUGCCAAUGCAAAUUAUGAAAACUAUUACAGUCAUCCCAACCAUGGAAGCUACGAUGAUUACGGGCAAUAUGAGCAUGAGAGCAAUUGGGGCGAUGGCUCCACUGCAAUGAUGCCAUCGGGUUCAGAAAUCUUGGGGAAUGAAGCAGGGGAAAGUUUGGCGAAAAUUUCGGGGAAGAGAGGUAGGAAUGGGGUUCCUCGGGAAAUAGUUGAGGUGAAGCAGGAUGAAUUGAUUAGGAAUCGGCCCCGGGAGGACCAGGUCAGGUUAACUGGAAUGGCGUUUGGGCCCUCAUACAAGCCUGUUUCAACAAAGGGGAAACCAACAAAGUUGCAUAAGAGGAAGCAUCAGAUUGGUUCUUUGUACUACGAUGUGAAGCAGAAAGAAAUGGAGCUUGCAGAGCGCCGCUCCAAAGGGUUACUCACCAAAGCUCAAACACAAGCCAAGUAUGGGUGGUGAGAAAUCAAUCCAUCAAGCUAUGAGUAUGGAGUAACAGAAGAACCAAGUUAUUUCAGACUCCUGUUGGAAAGCUAUUGUGAAGAGCUCCUUAUUGCACCAUAGCUAAGCAAUUCAACAGCUCUAGACAGGCUCUCUAUGAGGUUUGCUUGAUCAAGAUUUGUUCCCUCUGUCAAAAUGUACACUUCUAAGGGAGUCUGCUUAUAUAAGCACUCAGAUUCAGGUUCUAAACCCCUGCAGUUUUCUUUAAAAACUCAAAGCCUUUAGGAUAAUUGAGCAUCAUUGGAGCAACAUGAUUAACUUGGCCAAUAAGGUUAGGUUGCCUGUUUUUUAUGGUUCUUCUUCGUGAGAUUUAUCUUGAGGUUUUUGGUUCUCCAUAUUUGCCUUUCUAGUUGGAAUCAAACUGAUGAUGGUAAUGAUGUUCCUUGAA